GCCUUAAUUCUUAUCGUGCGAAACCAAACCAAACCAAACCAAACAUUCCCUAGAUGCUCAACGGACCAUACACACCCAGUGACAGCACUUGGCAGUUGAUGAGGUUUGUUUUAAGCAGAUAGAAAAUUUUAAGGGAGUUGCAUCUUGUGUUGAGUACGUGGGUGUUAAUAGGGACCAACGUUUCCUUGAACAUUGAAUUCAACCCGCAUUUUUCCUAGGGUUUGUUUAACAAAUUGAUAGGACAAACUGAAUUGGGCUUUCCUUCCUGAUGAUUCUUGGCUGAUCUGCUGUUACUUUAAACUUCCACACCCAGAAACCUUAUGCUAAUAAAGAUGUUGACAAUGAGCUUUCAUUUUAUAGAUGUAGUUAUUAAUACGGGGUAUCUGUUUUAAAGAGCUUUACAAGUAGUCAGCAACUUUUUUUUUUUAAUAACUCUUUGCUGUCCUUCAUAUUGUUACUGCCUAAAGAUUGAGAAUUUGGAGACAAGAAUUAGGAGGAAAUGAGUUACUAUAUAAUUUAAUUUACAUGAAAGCAGUGUGUAAGCCAUAAAAUGAUCUAUAAAUUUAGUAUAUAUUUAUUGAGCAUGGACUGUGUGUUAGAGUUUUCUGAACACAUAAAUAUCCCCUCCUUCAUGGAGCUUACAUUCUAGUGGUGGAUCUCAGAUAAUAAAUAUGUGCUAUGUCAUUCGGUGUCAAGGACUAGAGAGAAAAAGCAGGGAAGAGGGAGAGAUCAGGAACUGGAAAAGGGUUUUAACUAGGGGUAGUCAGGGAAGACUGCCUAGAGAACGUGGCGUCUGAGCCCAAGACCAGAAAGGAGACGGUAAUCCGUACCCCUCUCUAGGGGAAGCAUGUUCAAGUAGACGGAAAGGCACUUGCAAAAGCUUUGAGGCAGGCGUGUACUGGGCAUGUUUGUGGACAGCUCAAAGUCAGAUUUGGCUCUGGUGGAGUGAGCAAAGUAAGAGAUCGUCUCUAGUAAGAGAUGAAAUCAGGUGAGUGGGAAUGGGAAAUCAGAUUGGGUGAGGUCUUGUAGGCCUUUGCACGGGCUUGGUCUUACACUCUGAGUGAGAAAAGGACUCAUCCCUCUGAAUAAAGAAGAGAUAUAAUGAGACUUUUACAAGAGUCACUCUGGUGGCUGGAUGAAGAAUAGACUUUGGAUGAAGGAGAGGGUAGAAGCAGAGAUAUCGGCUCAGGGACUCCUGCCAUAAUUCAGGCCAUGGAUGAUUAUCAUUUGGACCAGAGUAGAAUCGGUAGAGUGGCUGAUUUCUGGCUGAAUUGAGGAUAGACUCAACAGGAGACUUAAAGACAACUACAGUUUUUGUCCUAAGCGAGUGCAAAGAUGCAGUAGACAUGUACUGAGAUGAGGUUUAUGAGAUGGGCAGUGGGUUAGGAGUUGGUUAGAAGACCACAAAAUGAGACAUCCAAGUAGAGAUUAUUGGUAGUAGAUUCUGGUAACUUUGUGUUGAAGAGACUUUUCACAUUAUCUUGACUUUAACAGGGGUUUAGUAUUUCACCCAUGAACUGCCAACCUUUUUCAGACUCCUUUUCUUUUUAGCUCUUUUGGACCAACUUAUUCAUUCUUUUCACGAAAUGUAGCUUUGUUUUUAUUUGCUUGCACUCAGAGCAUCUGUUUGUUAGUUUCAUUUGUAGAGAAAGCCGUAUAAUCUAGAAUUUCAGAGUACCUUUUUAGUUUGUUGCUGUGUUUAACUUGAACACCUCAAAUGACUAAGCUUUUCCCAAAUUAUGUUUAGAUGCCUGGCUUAAGUUCAAGAAUUUUUUUAAGUCUCAGAAAUCUUGUUAUCAAACGUGGCUUCACUUGGCCAUUUGUGAUAUUACAAUGGAAAUGACCUGUAUUUUUAAUACUUUAUUAAUAAGUCAGUAAUAUACAGGGAUUAUCCUAAUUCUUUUGUUUCAUUAAAGAUGGCUUGAAAUAAAUGGGCCAUCACAUGUUAAAUGGAGAUCUUUUCAUCAAAUUAUGCAAUAUUUGGAGCCAUAGAAUUUGGCCUGUAAAACUUGUAUCAAAAAUAUAUCAGGAUUCUAGAGUUUAAGGUCUAUACCUUCCCUUAAGAACCAGGCUACAAGUACAUGACUGUUCGGGUUACCUUUCCCUUUUCUCUAAGUUGUAAGACUUAGACGUCUCUAAGACGUCUACUUCUUUUAUUUGUAUCAUUCCUUCGAAUAAAGUAAUUUGGUACCCCCUCCUCCGAAAAAAGAACCCAGGCUAUAAACUAAUAUAUUUAAAUGGAUUUUCAAUCUAAAUAUAUUCUGAAAGUACAUAAAAAGACAUCAUAUUAAUAACUAAUUAUAAACAGUCCAUGGGAACACCAUAUGUUCUUUGAUACUGCUUGCUUUUGCUAUUGUUUCUCACCGGUAUUUGUCUUUCUUUCUCUUAAUUCUUCUGGCCUUGAUUUAUAGUAAGUGAGAGAGACCUGAUACAUUGUGAAACUUUGAAUGGUUUUCAGGUCUAAUUGUGGGGAAGAAAAAAAAAAAGAAAAAUCUUUUUUAACAGUAUGAAAAAGUAGUGCUUAAAGUAUGAUCAUCUUAAUUAAUCAAGAAAGGAAUCAAACGGUUUUCCUAAAGGCUCGUCAUUGUUCCAUUCAAAUGUGAUUCCUUGAAAUUGAAACUCAAAAUGUGUGAGGAAAUAAGAGAACUUCUAGCCACUUUAAAUGAGUGGAAGAAAUGGAUGAAUGAUAAGACUACUGUGCAUACUUAGAAAUGUUGAUACAAUUCAUCUUUAAAAGGUAAAGAGGAUAGAAGAUUUUUGCCAGAAACCUGAAGAAUCACAUAUUUCAAAUUGAAAAAUGAGGUAGGGGAAAGUGAAGCUUAGAAACUAUACAUUGAACAUUUUGACACUAAAUGAUUCCUAGAAAAAUUAUAGACCAGAUUGCCAAGCAGAUGCUUUGUAAUCUGAUUAGAAAACACAGCACUGAUUAUUAAGACCCAGAGUUAGUUUUUUAAGAACAAGUCAUAUUAACCUCUUGCUCACUUUGUCAAAGAUAUGAUAGUAUUAAAUAAUCUUUUUAAGCACCUCACAUCUUACAAAUUGCGUUCCCAUUUAUUAUUUUAUUUAACUCUCACAACAUCCCUGUCAAGUAGUGACAGAUGAGGAGUCCUCAAUGGUAGGAGCCCUGGGAAGACACAAAGGGGACGGAUGUGGGAGAUGUUAGAAAGGACUUGCCUAGAUACGGAGUAAAAGAAAGGGAGGAAUCAAAGUGGGCUUUGGGGAUUCUAGACUGUCUGACUGGGUGGAUGGUAACGCUGGUAAUUGAUCUUCAUUUUGAAAAUAUAGGUGGUGGAACAGAUUUGGAGAUGUGAAAUUCAUCAGUUCACAUCAGUUUGGUGAGACUAGUUGUUUUCUUUGUUGGAACAGAGUCAGGUAUAAUUAGAAUUUUCAAAAUAUAUAGGUCUGGAGCUCAGAAGAAAAGUCUAACCCAAAUAAAAAAGGCUUCAUUCAUUCAGGAGACAUAUCCUUUCAAAUACUUUUGGUAAGGAAGGGAGGACAGUGGGGAAGCUUGAGCUGGGAGAUGGCAUUGGGGAAGGUUUAUUUUUCUUUAAAGAUGAAAGAGCCAAGGAACUUUAGUGGACUGAUAGAAAGAGUCCAUUGAAGAGGAAAGAAAAUUGAAGUCACAAAAAAAUUGAAGUCACAAGAGAAAGAAGAUAAUCAGACAUAACCUCAGCAGAAAUGGAAGGGUUGGGAACAAGAGCACAGGUGAAAGGGCUACCCUGUAGAAGAGCAGUGAUGUAUCUUCCUAGUAUUUAAAAAAAAAAAAAAAAGGAAAUAGAGACUAGAUACAUAAUAUAAUAUAGCAUCUCUUGUCUCUGUGGGAAUCAGGUUAUGUGCUGAAAUUGAGGAGGAAGAGCAUGGAUUGGGGUAUAUUUCAUGGGAAGAGUUACUGUUGUGAUGGGAAAAGGGACUUGGCCAGGGACCACUAACCUAAUUACUGAAUAGUGAUAAACACCCUUGAAAUCACAAAUGAGUAGAGCAGCCAAUCAGAAUGGUUAAGCAGUUUUCUCCAGCAGUUCUCCAUAACAGUGCAGAAAAUGUUUGGUUAGACUAAAUCUGGAUGGGGAGUGGAAGGGGGGUUGUGAUGUAGAACCUGGAAGGGGGUGGUACAGAGUCAAGGAACUGAGGGUGCUAAUGAAGUUGCUAAUUGAAGAGCUGAACCAUAGGUAGGUAUCCUGCUUGAUUGAAGAGGACAGCCAAGCCAAGAUGGAGCUGAUAAACGUGGAGAACAAAGAGGGUGAGGAAUUUCAAUGAGUAAGCUGUAGGAUUAAUGGAAGUAAAGGAGUACUAGAGAUGGAAAAAUAGGCAUGUGAUGUGAGGUCCUAACUUUAAGAUUCUAGAGUCAGAACAGUUGCAAGUGAUGAUAAGGGUCAAAGUAUGGCCAGUGAUGAUGGGUAGCCAAGAUUAAUAGUGCUUAUGCAGCAAUCAUAAUAUUAAUAAAACUACAAUUUAUCAAGUACUGCUGUAUACUAGUCACUAUACUAAAUGCUUUGCAUAGUUUAUCAUACUUAUUUUUCACAACUAUCCCUUGAGGCACAUAUUAGGGACUCUAUUUUACAAAUGAAGAAAUGGGUGCUCGGUGAAGUAAAGUAACUUUCCCAAAGGUACACAACUAGGAAGUACCUGAUUCUUUCUAGCCCCAAAGCCCUUAUGCCCACUUAAUACACUAUGCUGUUCUUCUCCAAAGUAGGGGUCAUUGAAGAAGAGGAAAUCAAAGAGCUCUAAAUCCUAGCAUGUUGGGAUUAUUUUUUCUUAUGGAUAAUGAAGCCCUCAGAAACAACAGAUCUUGUGUGGAGAGGAAGACAGGACUUUUGUAACAAAGUUCUCAAUAAAUGGAGAUGAAAGACUCAAAGUCAGCAGUUGACAACUUUAAAUAUAGCUAUAAUUUAGCCUUAGAAGUAGAUAAGAUGGGUAAUAAUGAUGCACAAGUCACUUUGAGAACCAGAUGAUAACCAGAAUAAUACCGACUUGUCUUCCUGGCCUGGGAUCUGGGUGUAUAUAGUGAUUUAUUAAGAGGAGGAGAUUAAAUGCUCCUCUUGUGUAAAAGUAGAGGAUACAGGGACAUUUCUUCACAACAGAACUAGGGUUCCUAAAGCUAGGGAGUGAAGUGUCCAGGGAGGAAGAAGCACUCAUCUAGUUGCGUAUGAAAAAUCAGAAAGGAUAGGUGGGCAGGUAGGGUCAUCAUAUAAUUUAUUGACCAAAUACGUGUUAUUUUGAAAAUGAAAAGAGUGUCAUUAAUAGUUACCCUGGGACGGCAGGCAUAAACUAGGGCUGUCCUAGGCAAAUCAAGAUGGGUAGUCAUAUCUGUGAUAUGUAACAAGAGGAGCUAUCAUCUUGGAAAAGGGCUGUGGAUGUUGAGAAUGAACAAAUUGAGCCCUAAGUUAGAGGGACAUGAAUGGGGCUUACUAGCCUGAGAUUAUUCUCUCCAGCCCUAUAAUACUGCCCGGACAUGUUCUGGGUAUGUCUUGUUCUAGAAGAGUCAGGAGAUCUGAAGGAAGUUCUGGAUUCAUCUCUCUAUGAAGGGUUGGAAUCCAUUAGCAUAUAGGUGGUACUAGAAACCUUAGAAGUGGAUGAGAUCAUCAAAAGAAAACACAAAGAAUGGGAAGUGAGGAAGAGGACAGGAUCCAGAGGCUCCCCAACAUGAAGGAGCUGGCAAAGAAGAAUCCAGCUAAGGAGACUGAGGAGGAGUGGUCAGAAGGGUAGAAGGAAAACCAGAAGAGAUUUGUCAUCUCACAAAUCCAGGAAGAAGAGAGAUUUAAGAGUGGAUGAUUAAUAGUCUCAUUUGCUUUAUGUUCCUCAGAGGUCAAAGAAGAUAAGGACUGGAAUGUGUCCAUUGGGUUGGAUUUGGCAAUUAGAAGGUUAUUGUUGAUCUUGGCCCGAGUGGUUUUGGUAGAGAAGUGUGAGCACAAGUCAGACUGCAGUGCACAGAGAGGUGAGCUGAGGCGAGGCAGGAGGACUGCUUCAAGUAUAGAUUACCCUUGAGGAAUCUUGAAAGACAAGGGUAUCAACAGGAUAUAUCCGGAUACUUAUAUUUAUAUUUGUAUUUGUACUUAUAUUUAUUUAUUUUAGACAGUGAAGAAGUCAGUGGAGACGAGGGGUUGAAAACUAGGAGAGAGCUGGAUUUCCAACCAAUGCGUCCUAGUAAGGUGAAACUUUAUUCUAAGAAUAUUUGUUUCAUCUAGUUCAUGAGCUCAAAUUAUAAGGACUCUAAAUGUUACAGAAGUGUUGAGAGAUUGCUCGGUCAUGAGCACCGACAGUAACUCACUGGCACGUGAAUUUCUGACGGAUGUCAACCGGCUUUGCAAUGCAGUGGUCCAGAGGGUGGAGGCCAGGGAGGAAGAGGAAGAGGAGACACAUAUGGCAACCCUUGGACAUUACCUUGUCCACGGCCGAGGAUUUCUGUUACUCACCAAGCUAAAUUCUAUCAUCGAUCAGGCAUUGACGUGUAGAGAAGAACUCCUCACUCUACUCCUGUCACUCCUUCCACUGGUAUGGAAGAUACCUGUUCAAGAAGAGAAGGCAGCAGAUUUUAACCUACCGUUCUCAGCUGAUAUAAUCCUGGCCAAAGAAAAGAACUCAAGUUCACAAAGAUCUACUCAGGAAAAAUUAUAUUUAGAAGGAAGUGCCCCGUCCGGUCAGGUUUCUGCAAAAGUAAAUGUUUUUCGAAAAGGCAGACGACAGCGUAAAAUCACCCACCGCUAUUCUGUAAGAGAUGCAAGAAAGACACAGCUCUCCACCUCAGAUUCAGAAGCCAAUUCAGAUGACAAGAGCAUGGCAAUGAAUAAGCACAGAAGGCCCCGUCUGCUACAGCAUUUCGCAACACAGUCUCCUAAAGAAGACCACCUUACAGCUAAACUUGACCACUUAGCAACCAAAGAACGGACUCCUCCCGACACCAUGGCUUUGGAAAAUUCCAAGGAGGUCCUUCCAAGACAGGAGUCAAACACCGACAUUUUGAGUGAGCCAGCUGCCUUGUCGAUUCUCAGUCACAUGAACAAUUCCCCAUUUGACUUAUGUCAUGUUUUGUUAUCUUUACUAGAGAAAGUUUGUAAGUUCGACAUUACCUUGAAUCACAAUUCUGCUCUAGCAGCCACUGUAGUGCCCACGCUGACGGAAUUCCUAGCGGGCUUUGGGGACUGCUGUAGUCUAAGGGACGAUUUGGAGAGUCAGAUGGUUUCUGCAGGCUGGACUGAGGAACCGGUGGCUUUGGUUCAACGGAUGCUCUUCCGAACAGUGUUGCAUCUUAUGUCAGUGGAUAUUAGUGCUGCAGAGGUGAUGCCAGAAAAUCUUAGAAAAAACUUAACUGAAUUGCUUAGAGCAGCUUUAAAAAUUAGAACUUGCCUAGAAAAGCAGCCUGACCCUUUUGCACCAAGACAAAAGAGAACACUACAGGAGGUUCGAGAAGGCUUUGUGUUUUCAAAGUACCGUCACAGGGCCCUUCUCUUACCUGAGCUUCUGGAAGGAGUUCUGCAGAUCCUGAUCUGUUGUCUUCAAAGCGCAGCUUCUAAUCCCUUCUUCUUCAGUCAAGCCAUGGAUUUGGUUCAAGAAUUCAUCCAGCACCAUGGGUUCAACUUGUUUGAGACCACAGUUCUUCAAAUGGAAUGGCUGGUUCUAAGAGGGGGAGCUCCUACGGAGGCCGCAGAGCAUCUGAAGGCCCUAAUAAACAGCGUGAUGAAAAUAAUGAGCACUGUCAAGAAAGUGAAAUCGGAGCAACUUCAUCACUCAAUGUGCACAAGAAAAAGGCACAGACGGUGCGAAUACUCGCACUUCAUGCACCACCACAGGGAUCUCUCAGGUCUCCUGGUGUCGGCUUUUAAAAACCAGGUUUCCAAAAACCCGUUUGAGGAGACCGCAGACGGAGAGGUUUAUUAUCCCGAGCGGUGCUGUUGUAUCGCGGUGUGCGCCCACCAGUGCCUGCGCUUGCUGCAGCAGGCUUCCCUGAGCAGCACUUGUGUCCAGGUUCUGUCUGGUGUGCACAACGUCGGAAUAUGCUGUUGCAUGGAUCCCAAAUCCGUAAUCAUUCCUUUGCUCCACGCGUUCAAAUCACCGGCGCUGAAAAGUUUUCAGCCGCACAUACUGAAUAUCCUUAACAAACUUAUUCUGGAUCAGUUAGGAGGAGCCGAGGUCCCACAGAAAAUGAAAAAAGCAGCUUGCAACAUCUGUACCGUUGACCCUGACCAGCUAGCCAAAUUAGAGGAAGCACUGCAGGGAAGCCCAUGGGAGGCUGAACCUUCCCCAAGCCCGUCCAGUCCCUCUCACAGAUCUCAAGGGAUCCUGCCCAGCAGUGGGUCCGAAGACUUGUUGUGGAGAUGGGGCGCCUUAGAGGCUUAUCAGAAUUUUGUUUUUGAAGAAGACAGGUUCCGUAGUGUGCAGAUUGCAAAUCACAUUUGCACUUUAAUCCAGAAGGGCAAUGUAAUUGUUCGGUGGAAGCUGUAUAAUUGCAUAUUUAAUCCCGUGCUCCAAAGAGGCGUCGAGUUAGCACGUCACUGUCAACACCUUAGCAUUACUUCAGCUCAGGCCCAUGUGUGCAGCCAUCAUAACCAGUGUUUGCCUCCGGAAGUGCUUCAGAUUUACUUAAAAACUCUGCCUGCUCUGCUUAAAUCAAGGGUAAUAAGAGAUUUGUUUUUAAGUCGUAAUGGAGUAAGUCAAAUAAUUGAAUUAAAUUACUUAGAUGAUGUUCGAAGUCAUUCCCUAAAAGCAUUUGAAACUCUGAUAAUCAGCCUAGGGGAACAACAAAAAGAUUCUUCAAUUCCAGGUAUUGAGGGGCUAGACGGCGAACAGAAGGAAUUGUCAUCUUUAAAUGCAGGUACUUCCUUUCGUAACCAGCAAGCUUAUUCAGAUUCUCCUCAGAGUCUUAGCAAAUUUUAUGCCAGCCUCAAAGACACUUAUCCAAGGAAACGGAAGUUUGUUCAUCAGGAUGUUCAUAUCAACAUGAUAAACCUGUUCCUCUGUGUGGCAUUCUUAUGUGUAAGUAAAGAAGCAGAAUCUGAUAGAGAGUCGGCCAAUGAUUCCGAAGAUACUUCGGGCUAUGACAGUACAGCGAGCGAGCCUUUCCAUCAUAUGCCGCCAUGUUUGUCUCCGGAGAGCCUUGUCUUGCCUUCUCCCAAACACAUGCACCAAGCGGCAGACAUUUGGUCCAUGUGUCGUUGGAUCUACAUGUUGAGUCCAGUUUUCCAGAAACAGUUUUAUAGGCUUGGUGGUUUCCAAGCGUGCCACAAAUUAAUAUUUAUGAUCCUACAGAAACUGUUCAGAAGUCAUGAAGAAGAGCAAGGAGGAAAGGAAGGAGACCUACAUGUACAUGAAAACCAAGAUUUAAAUAGAACUUCUCAAUCUGAGAUCACUGUGAAGGAAGAUGUAUCAUCUUUGACUAUGAAAAGAGACUCCAUGCCAUCAGGAAUGGGUAGUCCAAAACAGAGUGCUGACAGUUUAGGUAAAUUAGAGUCACAGCAUAUCUCUUCCAAAAAUACGGGCCAUGUUUCAGCUACUGAAGCUGCUCCUGAGGAAGCAAAGGUAUUUAUGAGUCAAGAAAGUGAGACCUCACUUCAGAGCAUACGACUUCUGGAAGCCCUUUUGGCCAUUUGUCUUCAUAGUACCAGAGCUAGUCAGCAAAAGAUGGAAUUAGAGUUACCUAAUCAGAAUUUGUCUGUGGAAAACAUACUGUUUGAAAUGAGGGACCAUCUCUCCCAGUCAAAGGUGAUUGAAACAGAAUUAGCAAAGCCUUUAUUUGAUGCCCUGCUUCGAGUCGCACUGGGGAAUCACUCAGUAGAUUUUGACCACCAUGAUGCUAUGACUGAGAAGAGUCAUCAGUCUGAAGAAGGAUUGUCAUCCCAACCUGACGAUUUUUCGGAAGAAGCUGAGGGUUCUCAGUGUUGUAGUCUUAAACUUUUGGCUGAAGAAGAAGGUUAUGAAGCAGAUAGUGAAAGCAACCCUGAGGACAGUGAAACCCGAGAUGAUGGUGUAGACGUAAAGCCUGAAGUAGAAGUUUUCAGCGCAUCAGGCAAUCCGAAGGACUUACUUGAAAACCUCACAGACGGGGAAAUAAUAUAUCCUGAGAUUUUUAUGCUGGAAUUAAAUUUGCUUUCUGCCGGUAAAGCCAAACUUGAUGUACUUGUCCAUGUAUUUGAGAGUUUUUUGAAAAUCAUCAGACAGAAAGAAAAGAAUAUAUUUCUCCUCAUGCAACAGGGAACUGUGAAAAAUCUUUUAGGAGGGUUCUUGAGUAUUUUAACACAGGCUGAUUCUGAUUUUCAAGCAUGCCAAAGAGUAUUGGUGGAUCUUUUGGUAUCUUUGAUGAGCUCAAGAACGUGUUCGGAAGAGCUAACCCUUCUUUUGAGAAUAUUUCUGGAGAAAUCUCCUUGUACAGAAGUUCUUCUUUUGGGUAUUCUGAAAAUUAUUGAAAGCGACAUUGCUAUGAGCCCUUCACAGUAUCUCACCUUCCCUUUACUGCAUACGCCAAAUUCAAGCAAUGGCGUUUCAUCACAAAGGAGUCCUGGGAUUCUAAACAGUAAGGCCCUGGGAUUAUUACGGCGAGCACAGAGUUCGCAGAGCAGGAAAGAGGCCGACGGCGAAAGUUUCCCCCAGCGGCGGCUCUCCUCCUGGCACGUAGCCCCAGUCCACUUGCCGUUGCUGGGGCAGAACUGCUGGCCACACCUGUCGGAAGGGUUCAGCGUCUCGCUGUGGUUUAGUGUGGAGUGCAUCCACGAAGCGGAGAGUGCCGUGGAGAAGGGAAAGAAGAUAAAGAAAAGAAACAAACCCUUAAUGUCGCGGGACAGUAGUUUGGAUGGCGCAGAGAACAACAGACUGGAAGGUGCCGAGUACAUAAAUCCUGGUGAAAAGCUCAUAGAAGAAGGAUGUAUUCAUAUGAUUUCCUUGGGAUCCAAAGCUCUGAUGAUGCAAGUGUGGGCUGACGCCCGCAAUGGCACUUUUAUCUUCCGUAUGUGCAUGGAUUCAAACGAUGACAUGAAAGCUAUUUUACUGGCACAGGUUGAAUCACAGGAGAAUAUUUUCAUCCCCAGCAAAUGGCAACACUUGGUCCUCACCUACCUACAGCAGCCCCAAGGGAAGAAGAAUAACCAUGGGAAAAUCUCCAUAUGGAUCUCUGGGCAGAGGAAACCUGAUGUUACUUUGGACUUUAUGCUUCCGAGAAGAACAAGCUUGUCUUCUGAUAGCAAUAAAACAUUUUGCAUGAUUGGCCACUGUUCAUCAUCCCAAGAAGAGUUUUUGCAAUUGGCUGGAAAAUGGGACCUGGGAAAUUUACUCCUCUUCAACGGAGCUAAGAUUGAUUCACAAGAGGCCUUUUAUCUAUAUGCUUGUGGACCCAACCAUACAUCUAUAAUGCCAUGUAAAUAUGGCAAGCCUGCGAAUGACUUCUCCAAAUAUAUUAAUAAGGACAUUUUGCGGUGUGAAAAAAUCAGAGAACUUUUUAUGACCAAGAAGGAAGUGGACAUUGGUCUCUUAAUUGAAAGUCUUUCCGUUGUUUACACAACUAACUGUCCUGCCCAGUAUACCAUCUAUGAGCCAGUUAUUAGACUUAAAGGCCAGAUGAAAACCCAACUCUCUCAAAGGCCCUUCAGCUCAAAAGAAGUUCAGAGCAUCUUGUUAGAACCUCAUUAUCUAAAGAAUCUCCGGCCUACGGAAUGUAAAACUAUUCAAGGCGUCCUGCACGAGAUCGGUGGAACUGGUAUAUUUGUUUUUCUCUUUGCUAGGGUUGUGGAACUCAGCAACUGCGAAGAAACUCAAGCAUUAGCACUGAGAGUUAUACUCUCAUUGAUUAAAUACAACCAACAGAGAAUACAUGAAUUAGAAAAUUGUAAUGGACUUUCCAUGAUUCAUCAGGUGUUGAUUAAACAAAAAUGCAUUGUUGGUUUUCAUGUUCUGAAGACUCUUUUUGAAGGUUGCUGUGGUGAAGAUAUCAUUCAUGUCAACGAGAGUGGAGAGUUUAAGUUGGAUGUAGAGUCUAAUGCUAUAAUCCAAGAUGUUAAACUGCUAGAGGAGCUCCUGCUUGACUGGAAGAUAUGGAAUAAAGCCAAGCGCGGAGCCUGGGAAGCCCUGCUGGCGGCUCUGGAGGUCCUCAUCAGAGCAGAUCACCAGCAGCACGUCUUCAAUAUAAAGCAGUUACUGAAGGCUCGUGUGGUCCAUCACUUUCUACUGACUUGUCAGGUUUUGCAGGAACACAAAGAGGGGCAGCUUACAUCCAUGCCCCGAGAGGUUUGUAGAUCAUUUGUGAAAAUUAUAGCAGAAGUCCUUGGAUCUCCUCCAGAUUUGGAAUUAUUGACAAUUAUCUUCAAUUUCCUUUUAGCAGUUCACCCUCCUACUAAUACUUACGUUUGUCACAACCCCACAAACUUCUACUUUUCUUUACACAUAGAUGGCAAGAUCUUUCAGGAGAAAGUACAGUCAAUCAUGUACCUGAGACAUUCUAGCAGUGGAGGAAAGUCUGUUACUAGUCCUGGAUUUAUGGUAAUAAGCCCAUCUGGUUUUACUGCUUCGCCCCCUGAAGAAAACAAUUCCUCCAGGAUUAUCCCACAACGGACGAUCGCCAACAUUCUGCGUUCUAGAAGCCUACCAGCAUUUCCUACCGCUUCACCUCAAAUGCAACCACAAAAACUGACUGGAAGUUUGGGUUGUAGUAUUGACGAGUUACAAAAUAUUGCAGAUGAUUACAUUGCUUCCCAAGCAGAGAAACUGAAUUCUCUGGUGAGUUCCGGGACACUGAAGAAAGACAAAGAGGAUGCAUUCAUCAGUAGCUGUGAGUCCGCAAAAACCGUGUGUGAAACGGAACCUGCCCUUUCCGCCCGCGCCUCUGUCAAUGGUGUCCCUAAAGGAACCUUGGAAUUUCUGGGGGUCAGAGUAGAUCACAAAGAGUUGGGAGCAGAACCCAAAUCAGAAGAUGACGAGUCCUACCCACGCCGCCCUGAUCACCUGAAGGGACUGGCCUCAUUCCAGCAGAGCCACAGCACUAUCGCCAGCCUGGGGCUGGCUUUUCCUUCACACAACGGAUCCGCAGCCGUUGGACGCUGGCCGAGUCUCCUUGACAGGAACCCGGAUGACUGGGAAAACUUCGCCUUUUCCCUCAGUUACCAGCCGAACUCCAGCCGCACUGCAAGUACUCACAGCGUAACGGAAGACUGUCUGGUACCUAUCUGCUGUGGAUUAUACGAGCUCCUCAGUGGAGUCCUUCUCAUCCUGCCUGAUGUUAUGCUUCCAGAUGUGAUGGACAAGCUCAUCCAGGCAGACACGCUUUUAGUCCUCGUGAACCACCCAUCACCUGCUAUACAACAAGGAGUUAUUAAACUAUUAGAUGCAUAUUUUAAUAGAGCUUCUAAGGAACAAAAAGAUAAAUUCCUAAAGAACCGUGGCUUCUCCUUGCUAGCCAACCAGUUGUAUCUUCACCGGGGAACUCAGGAAUUGUUAGAAUGCUUCAUUGAAAUGUUCUUUGGUCGACGUAUUGGCCUUGAUGAAGAAUUUGAUCUGGAAGAUGUGAAAAACAUGGGACUGUUUCAGAAGUGGUCUGUCAUUCCUGUUCUGGGACUAAUAGAGACCUCUCUAUAUGACAACAUGCUCUUGCAUAGUGCUCUCCUACUUCUUCUCCAAAUAUUAAAUUCUUGUUCUAAGGUAGCAGAUAUGUUAUUGGAUAAUGGUCUACUGUACGUGUUAUGUAAUACAGUAGCAGCCCUGAAUGGAUUAGAAGAAAACGUUCCUCUGAAUGAAUACAAAUUGCUUGCUUGUGAUAUACAACAGCUUUUCGUAGCAGUGACCAUUCAUGCCUGCAGUUCCUCAGGCCCCCAGUAUUUUAGAGUCAUCGAAGACCUCAUCGUACUGCUUGGCUAUCUUCAAAAUAGCAAAAACAAGAGGACACAAAGUAUGGCUGUUGCACUGCAGUUUAGAGUCCUCCAAGCUGCUAUGGAAUUUAUAAGGACCACAGCAAAUCAUGACUCUGAAAACCUAGCAGAUACAUUCCGGUUACCCUCUCCUCCUCAUCAUGCAAUAUUUCAACCGCGGAAGAGCAUCGCUGGUUCAAUUCCAAUGAAGGGUUCCAUUAUUCCUCACCGACCAAGACGUCAUUUUGGUUCCUAUGGUCAACUUCCGAUGCCUUUCUCCUUCAGUCCAUUAAAUCAAGAUUCGUUCUCCCCAUAUCCUCCUGGAUCCACUACCUGUGUGGUACCUUUCGGAGCAGGUGCUCGAAAAUUUCCCCUUGCUCAGACUGACUCUCUCCUGAUGAAAAUGCGCUCAGUGGCAAGCGAUGAACUGCAUGUGAUGAUGCAACGGAGAAUGAGCCAGGAGAACCCCGUGCAGGCAUCUGAGACAGAGCUUGCUCAGAGACUACAGAGGCUCACCAUUUUAGCGGUUAACAGGAUUAUUUAUCAAGAGUUUAAUCCAGACAUUAUUGACAUUUUGAGUACUCCAGAAAAUGUGACUCAAAGCAAGACUUCAGUUUCCCAGACUGAAAUUUCUGAAGAAAAUGUUCAUCAGGAACAGCCUUCCAUUUUCAAUCCAUUUCAGAAGGAGAUAUUCACAUAUCUGGUAGAAGGAUUCAAAAUAUCUAUUGGUUCAGGUAGAACCAGUGGUUCCAAGCAGCAGUGGACUAAAAUCUUAUGGUCUUGUAAGGAAACCUUCAGAAUGCAGCUUGGCCGACUCCUGGUCCAUAUUGUGUCACCAGCCCACUCUUCUCAAGAGAGAAAGCAAAUUUUCGAAAUAGUUCGUGAACCAAAUCAUCAGGAAAUACUGCGAGACUGUCUUAGUCCAUCCCUGCAACAUGGAGCCAAGUUAGUUUUGUAUUUGUCAGAGUUGAUACAUAAUCACCAAGAUGAAUUGACUGAAGAAGAACUAGGCUCAGCGGAAUUGCUUAUGAAUGCUCUAAAACUGUGUGGUCAUAAGUAUCUCCCUCCCAGUGCAACAACAAAAGCAGACCUUAUCAAAAUGAUCAAAGAGGAACAAAAGAAAUAUGAAACUGAAGAAGGUACGAAUAAAGACACCUGGCAGAAAACAGUUAACAAUAACCAACAAAGUCUCUUUCAGCGUCUGGAUUCAAAAUCAAAGGAUAUAUCUAAGAUCGCUGCAGAUAUCACCCAGGCAGUAUCUCUGUCCCAGGGAAUUGAGAGGAAAAAGGUGAUCCAGCAUAUCAGAGGCAUGUACAAGGUAGAUCUGAGUGCCAGCAGACACUGGCAGGAGCUUAUCCAACAGCUGACGCAUGAUAGAGUGGCCUGGUAUGAUCCCCUGUACUAUCCAACUUCCUGGCAACUGGAUCCAACAGAAGGACCAAAUCGAGAGAGGAGACGUUUACAGAGAUGUUACUUAACUAUUCCAAAUAAGUAUCUCCUUCGGGAUAGACAGAAAUCAGAAGCAGAUGUGGUCAAACCACCACUCUCUUUCCUGUUUGAAGAUAAAACUCACUCUUCUUUCUCCUCGACCGUAAAAGACAAAGCUGCAAGUGAGUCUAUAAGAGUGAAUCGAAGAUGUAUCAGUGUUGCACCGUCUAGAGAGACAGCUGGUGAGCUGUUACUAGGUAAAUGUGGAAUGUAUUUUGUGGAAGAUAAUGCUUCUGAUACAGUUGAAAGUUCGAGCCUUCAGGGAGAGUUGGAACCAGCAUCAUUUUCCUGGACAUAUGAAGAAAUUAAAGAAGUUCACAAGCGUUGGUGGCAGUUGAGAGACAAUGCCGUAGAAAUCUUUUUAACAAAUGGCAGGACACUCCUGUUAGCAUUUGAUAACACCAAGGUUCGUGAUGACGUGUACCACAGUAUACUAACAAAUAACCUCCCUAAUCUCCUGGAAUAUGGCAACAUCAACGCUCUGACAAAUUUAUGGUAUACUGGACAAAUUACGAAUUUUGAAUAUUUGACUCACUUAAACAAACAUGCCGGCCGAUCCUUCAACGAUCUCAUGCAGUAUCCAGUGUUCCCGUUUAUACUUGCUGACUAUGUUAGUGAGACCCUUGACCUCAGUGAUCCCUCAGUCUACAGAAAUCUCUCUAAGCCUAUAGCUGUGCAAUAUAAAGAAAAAGAAGAUCGUUAUGUGGACACAUACAAGUACCUGGAGGAGGAGUACCGCAAAGGAGCCAGGGAGGACGACCCCAUGCCUCCCGUGCAGCCCUACCACUACGGCUCCCACUACUCCAAUAGUGGCACGGUGCUCCACUUCCUGGUCAGGAUGCCUCCGUUCACGAAAAUGUUUUUAGCCUACCAAGAUCAAAGUUUUGACAUUCCAGACAGAACUUUUCAUUCGACAAAUACAACUUGGCGCCUCUCAUCUUUUGAGUCCAUGACUGAUGUCAAAGAACUUAUCCCAGAGUUUUUUUAUCUUCCAGAAUUCUUAGUCAACCGUGAAGGUUUUGAUUUUGGUGUGCGUCAGAACGGUGAACGGGUUAAUCACGUCAACCUCCCUCCUUGGGCACGUAACGAUCCCCGUCUUUUUAUCCUCAUUCAUCGACAGGCUCUAGAGUCUGACUACGUGUCCCAGAACAUCUGUCAAUGGAUUGACUUGGUAUUCGGGUAUAAGCAAAAAGGGAAGGCUUCCGUUCAAGCCAUCAAUGUUUUUCAUCCUGCUACGUAUUUCGGAAUGGAUGUGUCUGCAGUUGAAGACCCUGUUCAGAGGCGGGCCCUAGAAACCAUGAUAAAAACCUACGGCCAGACCCCUCGUCAGUUGUUCCAGUCGGCCCACGCGAGCAGACCCGGAUCCAAGCUCAACAUCGAAGGAGAGCUCCCUGCUGCCGUGGGGUUGUUAGUACAGUUUGCUUUCAGGGACACCCGAGAACAGGUCAAAGAAAUUACCUACCCGAGCCCUCUGUCGUGGAUAAAAGGCUUGAAGUGGGGGGAGUAUGUCGGCUCUCCAAGUGCUCCGGUACCUGUGGUCUGCUUCAGCCAGCCCCACGGAGAAAGAUUUGGUUCUCUCCAGGCUCUGCCCACCAGAGCCAUCUGUGGAUUGUCCCAAAAUUUCUGUCUGCUGAUGACAUACAGCAAAGAACAAGGUGUGAGAAGCAUGAACAGUACCGACAUUCAGUGGUCAGCCAUCCUGAGCUGGGGAUAUGCUGAUAACAUUUUAAGGUUGAAGAGCAAACAAAGUGAGCCUCCAAUAAACUUUAUACAAAGUUCUCAACAGUAUCAGGUGACUAGUUGUGCCUGGGUACCUGACAGCUGCCAGCUGUUUACUGGGAGCAAAUGUGGUGUCAUCACGGCCUACGCAAACAGGCUCACCAGCAGCACGCCUUCAGAGAUAGAAAUGGAGUCCCAGAUACAUCUCUAUGGGCACACAGAAGAGAUAACCAGCUUAUUUGUUUGCAAACCCUACAGUAUAAUGAUAAGUGUGAGCAGAGAUGGCACCUGCAUCAUAUGGGAUUUAAACAGGUUGUGCUACGUACAAAGCCUGGCAGGACACAAAAGCCCUGUCACAGCCGUCUCUGCCAGUGAAACUACAGGUGACAUUGCCACUGUAUGUGACUCAGCUGGUGGAGGCAGUGACCUCAGACUCUGGACAGUGAAUGGGGACCUCGUUGGACAUGUCCACUGCAGAGAGAUCAUUUGUUCUGUUGCUUUCUCUAACCAGCCAGAGGGAGUAUCUAUCAAUGUGAUUGCUGGGGGAUUAGAAAAUGGAAUUGUAAGGUUAUGGAGUACAUGGGACCUAAAGCCUGUGCGAGAAAUCACAUUUCCUAAAUCAAAUAAGCCGAUUGUAAGCCUCACGUUUUCCUGUGACGGCCACCAUCUGUACACCGCGAACAGUGACGGGACCGUGAUCGCCUGGUGCCGGAAGGACCAGCAGCGCCUCAAACAGCCCAUGUUCUAUUCCUUCCUCAGCAGCUACGCAGCUGGAUGAAUGAGAGAGAACCUCGCUCCUCCAAAGCACUUUAGCUCCAAACUCGAUUUGUAGACCUUCCCGGUUUUGGGGAGGUUGAACUUGAAGAAACGGAUGACCAAACAAAUCAUCCAAAUAACGAUCAGCCCUCUUCACCUGCACAAUAUUCUGCAGCCUCGCAAGGUCCUAAGAGAACAGUUUUGUUCUAAUUUAGUGAUAAUCCAGAGGGCUGUGUCAUUAUGUCCCAAGCAAUAAGAUUCAAGUCUUACACGAUAAAUUAAAAUCGUAUCUUUAAAGUUUUUACCCAUAAGCAUAAUCUAAAGAAAGGAUUAGGGUCUCUGCUUUUUCUGUUAUUCCAAAAGGGCCAGUAGAAUGUCAACUGGUUAGCCUAACUGUUUAUAUAAAAUACUCUAAAAAUUAUAUUUAAAAAGUUUUAUGCCAAGAUAAUCCACCCUCCCCCUGAGAAAAGGAAGGAAGGAAGGAAGGAAGGAAGGAAGGAAGGAAGGAAGGAAGGAAGGAAGGAAGGAAGGAAGGAAGGAAGGAAGAGAAAGAAAGAAAGAAAGAAAGAAAGAAAGAAAGAAAGAAAGAAAGAAAGGGAAAAGAAAGAAAGAAAAAAUGAAAAUUAAUGAAAGGGAUAAGAAUCGUGAACUUGAUAAGUGCUUUCUUUGAGAAGUAAAUCACUCGGUCGGUGUCUGGGCACCGAACACUCUGUGGAACAUGUGAAUACUAAAACAAACCACUAAUGAAUCUCAAUGUUAAGCAGUUUUUUUCCAGUUGCCUUCUUAGCUCAAAGUAGAACCAGAAUUUUUUGAUGGCCACAAACAAGAACACAAGUAUCUUUGAUUUCAGACACAUUCUGUUUCUUCGUAAAACUCCUUAAAAUCCAGAACACUAGAUACUGGUGAGUCACUAAGAUUUAAACACAAUGAUAAUUAUCUUAAUAUCUGCCAUUUACCGAGCACUGAAUACCUAACAAUUUGCAAUAGAAAGCCUCCACUAUGCAAAAAGAUGGCACAGAUAUCAAUAAUAUAUUCUAGGUAAGACAUUUAAUGUGCAGGGAGUGUUUUCCUCCACAAAACAAUUUCAAAAGAAAAGGAGACUGCUUACUUUGUUUCCAACAGGACAGAGAGUAAUUCUUACAGGAAACGGUUUCCACUGUUUCUACUAACCAACGCUACCUGAGAAUUCUAGAAGCAGUAGAAAAAUCUAGGUCUACACCUCAGAAAACUGGCACACCAUAAACCAGAAUUCCUACAAAUCUCGGGAUGGUCUAGCUCUACCAGAUAUUCCGGCUCUAUUUUUACUUGGGGUGCUGCUUUAUUGGCUUUGAAAACACUGUACAAUAGGCUCAGUAAUAUGUCACCACGGGAUAAAAAUAUGUAUUCCUGCCUAAGAAUAACUUGCGUGUUUGUUAUGGAAAUCUAAUUCAUAUGGUGUUUACAGAACUACUUUUGUAACUUCCAGACUUUCUAAAACAUUCUGCUUAAAAACUGUAUAAAAUACAAUUCAAACGUCUCUGCUGUCACCACAGAUGCAGGAGACAAGCGGCCACGUAUGCUUGUGAUUCACCAGACACGCUCACAGACUGCAUUUAGAUCACGGUUUGCACAGACCAGGUCUGCAUUCUGAGGCCCAGAAGGUGCAGAGACGAGAUUAUUCCUAUUCACGUUGAAGUGAUCUUGCUUUGUUUAAAAAAAAAAAAAAAAAAAAAAUUGCAGCUAUUGUCUGGCUUUCAUUUUUUCUACCAAGAACUUUAAAUUAGUCCCCUAUUAGAAUAGGGUUGCUACUCGGUCUUCUUUUUUUUUUUUUUUUUUUUUUUAAGGCUGAAUUUCAUCAUUUAUUUAAAAAGAAAAUAUGCAAAAUAACUGGUCUUGUUAAGAGUGCAAUAUUAUAUUUUUAUGUAAAAAUAAAAAUUAAUUUGGGGGGAUUAUUUAUUCAGCAUGAAACUUAAUAUGUGUAUGUUUGAAACACUUCAUAAUGUGCAUGUUGUAGUAAACAUUUCUGUAAAACAUCACAAGCUCUGUCAUCUUUGUAUACACUGCCACUUCAAACUGGGAAUAAAUUUCAUAAAAAUAGA